UUUAAAGAGCUGAAGUGAAAUUCUUAUGUUUAUAAAGUUUUUAUUGCUCAUUUUUAAUUAGCGAUUCAACAGUCUGGAACGUUUUUAAGGACGCAACAUUCAGUUAUUCUUCUCAGUCUUCUGGUAAGGCUUGACACUAGGCCUUGGUGAGUUGGCUGUUUCCUUGAGCUGCAGCUAUGGACAUUGAGGUGAGGCAACGUCCUUUCUCCCCAGCAACCUCACCAUGAAGAACAAUGUCUUGUUGUACAUGAUUCUGGAGCUGCUGAUUGCCCUGCUCUCGAUCCUGGGCAACGUGUUGGUCUGCUGGGCAGUGGUCCUCAACAGCAACCUCCAGAGCAUCACCAACUUCUUUGUUGUUUCGCUGGCCGUGGCGGACAUUGCAGUGGGUGUGCUGGCCAUCCCCUUCUCAAUCGUGAUCAGCACUGGUUUCUGUGCCAAUUUCUAUGGUUGUCUGUUCAUUGCCUGCUUCGUCCUGGUGCUGACCCAGAGCUCCAUAUUUAGUCUUCUGGCCAUUGCCAUUGACCGCUACAUUGCCAUCAAGAUCCCACUAAGAUACAACAGCCUAGUAACCGGGCAGCGUGCCAAAGGCAUCAUAGCGAUCUGCUGGGUUCUGUCGGUUAUCAUCGGUCUAACGCCCAUGCUAGGCUGGCACAAAGCCCGCUCAGAGAACGGCACCUGCCCGCCCGGCAUGAUGGAGUGUAUGUUCGAGAAGGUGGUGGUCAUGGACUACAUGGUCUACUUCAACUUCUUCGCCUGUGUGCUGCUGCCUUUGCUCCUCAUGCUGGCCAUUUACCUGCGGAUCUUCAUGGCUGCACGCCACCAACUAAAAUGCAUCGAGUCCAAGGCCGUGCCAUGCGAGCUCAAGUCCCGCUCCACCCUGCAGAAAGAGGUCCAUGCCGCCAAGUCUCUGGCCAUUAUCGUUGGCCUGUUCGCUGUGUGCUGGUUGCCACUGCACAUCAUCAACUGUUUCACUCUGUUUUGUCCGAACUGUGAACGUCCACCUGUUCUUAUCAUGUACCUGGCUAUAAUCCUUUCGCAUGCAAAUUCGGUUGUGAACCCUUUCAUCUACGCCUACCGCAUACGUGAGUUUAGAUACACCUUCCGAAAGAUAGUACGCUAUCACAUCUUGGGCAGACGGGAGCCUCUGUCUUGUAACGGGAGCACCCGAACCUCAACCCGAACGAGCGUGGCAGACUCACUUCGGAUUAAAGUCAACGGCCUGGUGCGAGACCUCUACACCGAGCAGAGCAGCACCACCAGCAGCUGCGAAAGUGCCGAACCCGGUCACGCGCACAGACCUGUUGCCACGGAAAACUCCAUAUUAGACAACCAGCCUAUAGAACUCACUAAUUCCCACAGACAUCCGGCACUGAAGCAUCCAGAGUCGCCGCUCACUGGGAAUAAUGAGCGCAUUGUGUGCAGGAAGCAUGCUGUAUUUGACGUUACGGAUGGGAAGGAUCUGUCCUCACCACUUCACAUUAAAUCAGCCCUGUACCUACAUACAGCCAACUGUAUUGAACUCACGGAGGUUUCCUGAUAAAUAAUGCUCUCUGAAUGAUGGAUUCAAAUUAUUUAUUUGCUGCUCCAAAAGAACGAUGGGCUAAAAUAUGAAGAACAAAGUGUAUUUUUGCUUCUUUAAGGACUUGACAUUGAUGUGGACCCAGUAGCAACUCAGAACUGAGCGUGUACAGUUUGACAUUGUAAUGAUUUUAAUGCAAAUGUAAAAAAAAUUAAAGAGCAAGACAUGGCUGACUGAAAUGGGCAUCAA